CGCCUCUCUGCCAUUUGCGACCUGAUAGAGCUGUCACACGAAGACAUUCCCGAAUCGACACAUUGCAACAUCCCUACUGCAUUAACUGCUGAAUCCCUUGACACUGCCAAUUCCGUCUGCAGUGUCGUAGCGCUGCACGAUCUCAGCUUCACCGCAUGCGAAGCCCAAGCGCCAGCAUCCCUGCGCUCGCUGAGGAGCCUCACCCAUAACUUUGCAGGUGCAACAAAGACGUCCGACCACCCCAUUCGUUUCACCACACCACCCGAUGGCUACUACGACGUCUGGCCUAACCCGCCGAAGAGGAGGAGGGGCGGGUGCAGGGAAUGACGGCGACGAUACCAGCCGGGUGUCCUCACCUGUGCCCAAGCCUCGAGCAGACGAUCGCACACCUGAGACUUCAUACGAGAACUCCGCGAACGGCCACAAGAUCGCAUUCGACCCGCGGGACAUUAGCGAGAAUGCGGAGAGGAGCAAGCAACCCAAGCUGACGCUGAUGGAGGAGAUAAUUCUUAUGGGACUCAAGGACAAGCAGGGAUAUCUCUCGUUUUGGAACGACAACAUCUCGUACGCGCUGAGAGGAUGCAUUGUUAUAGAGCUGGCGUUCAGGGGUCGUAUAAGCAUGCAGAAGGACUCGUCACGGCGGCGGUUUCCCCUGGCCGAUAGGGUCAUCGAGGUCAUUGAUGAUACGCUGACGGGUGAGGUACUGCUGGAUGAGGCAUUGAAGAUGAUGAAGACGAGCGAGAAGAUGAGCGUGAACACAUGGAUUGACCUCAUGAGCGGCGAGACAUGGAACCUCAUGAAGAUUGGCUACCAACUAAAACAAGUCCGCGAACGCCUGUGCAAAGGCCUCGUUGACAAGGGCAUUCUACGCACCGAAAAGAAGAACUUCCUCCUCUUCGACAUGGCUACACAUCCGGUCGCAGACGGGGGCGCGAAGGAAGAGAUAAGGCGACGGGUCCGGAAUGUGCUCACGAGUCGCACCGUGGUGCUCCCGGCGAGCCAGUUCCUACCUGAAGAGAUGGAGUUUAGAUACCUCCGAACGAUCGUCAUGGUCUGCGCCGCUUAUGCGGCGAAUGUUCUCGAGAAUGCUCUCACCACCCUCGGACACGAGGCACGAGAACGGGCCUUUGCUCAGGUCGACGAGCUGCUGGCGGAAUACUCGCAAUGGCCGUUUGCACGGAGGUCUGGCGGUUCUGGAGGUGUUGGUGCCAACAUUGGCCAGGUGGUCAACGAUGAAGUCAACAGUGGUAAAGAUAAGGAGCUGCAGCUGGAGGUGGUCGCCGCGUGUUUGAGCGUCUUCACAAGGCUUGACUCGCUGCUCUGAGCCAAGCGCAUAUGAAGAUGCUAACUACAUUUUGAAGGAUCUCUGGGCUUUUCGGCAUGAUUCGGAAAGAUUUCGGCACAGGAUAAAUCCCACAGCUACGUCAAACUACGGACAGAUACGGCAGGGCAAGUCUGCAACCAUCGGGCAUGUUGAGGGCACGGGCGGUCUUCCUGGGAACAUGCCAUUCUUCUCGUUCAUAUCUCUAGCGUUUUCCUUUGCGGCAAUCGGUCGGGGAUAAGACAACGGCGUUGGGCCACUUGUUCUACGGCUGUAUUAGCAAGCGGCUUUUCUUCCUUCCCUUGGAUGGACUAGUGUUACAAAAAUCGCGUUCUACGACAAGCAAUUACUGUACACUUAUGGCAUGCCGGACGUAAGCAUUGUCCACUUGAGGCAGUCCAACCCUCCAGGCGUACCUAGGUACCUAGGUACCCGUGGACAGAACCAACCUUGGAAGGGUGUCUUGGCAUGUCACGUGAGAACAGAGUG